GAGGCGCUGCCCGACCUCGCCCCCAACCAGUACGGCUCGCACGUGCUGGAGGCCGUCCUGGCCAGCUGGGCAGAGCGUCAGGCGGCCUCGCCUGAAGCCGCCGCCCAGCUGGCCCCGCCGCUGGUCGCCGUCUGUGGGGCACUGCGGGAGCGGGCCCUGCUGCCCCUGCUGGUGUCCGACGCGUGCGCCUCGCACGCCAUCCGGCUGCUGCUCCUGGCCCUGGGCGGGUACGCCGCAGAGAUGCAGGGGAAGGGCCGCGCGAGCGUGCGGGCGGGCAUCCUGCCCGAGCGAAAGUUCGACGUCCCCGCGGAGGUGGCCGAGUGCCGCCGCGGCCUCGCCGCCGCCGUGGUCGAGAUGCUGCGGCAGGACGGCGGCCUGGCCCUCAGCGCGCGCGCCAGCCCGGUGGUGCAGCUGCUGCUGCGGAUCCUCCGCGACCGCGGCGAGCGCGCCCUGGUGGCCGAGCUCGCGGCCGUCGUCGUCGGCGCCCCCGCUGGCUCCACGAAGCUGUCGACCGAGAGGUGCGACGUGCUCCUGCACUCGGCCCCGGGGUCCCGCGUUCUCGAGGCGGUGCUCGAGGCCGGCCCGCCCGAGCUGGCGUCCGCGCUGUUCUCUGGGUAUUUCCGCCCGCGCCUCGGCGCGCUCGCGCGCGGGGAGCCCGAGUAUGGGCUGCCCGUGGCCCAGCGGGUGGCGGACAGCCUGCGCGAGGAGCCGCAGCUGAGGCUGGCGCUGCAGGAGGUGGACUUCGUGGCCUGCCUCGGCGCCGAGUCCUCCGCGGCGCAGCACGUGCUCGUGGCCAGGCUGCUGGAGGCCUGCCUGCGGCUGCGUGCGUGCCUCAAAGAGGCCGCCGCGGCGGUGUUCCGGGCCUACGGCCUGCAGUCCUCCACCGAGUUCCACCGGGCGUGGCCCACGCUGCUCGCGCUGGAGCGCACGGACUCCGCCCCGGCGCUGCUCCUGGCGCCCAAAAAACAAGCCGCCGCCGAAGGCCCCUCCCUGGCCGAGCGCGAGGCCUUGGAGGGCGGCGGUUCCGUGGCCACGGCCAAGCUCAGGACGAGGAGCUGCGCGGGGUCCCAGAUCCUCGCCGCCCUGCUCCGAUUCCCCGCCGAGACGGUGAGGCCCCUCAACGAAGGGCUGCACAAGCUGCUGGAGCACCGGCAGGUGCUGGCGGCGAUGGCUCGGGAGGCCAGAACAGCCCGCGUGCUGGAGGCGGCUCUGACGACCACUUCCGCGCUGGCGCCGAAGCCACGCCUCCGGCUCGUGAAAGCCUUCAAGGGUCUGCUGGGGACGCUCGGGCCGCAUCCGGUGGGCGGGUGGGUGUGUGCGUCUGCGUGGCGGGCCAGCUUCGGCGACGAGCCGCUCCGGAAGGCCUUCGCGGAGGAGCUGCUGACCGUGGAAGACGCCCUGCGCCGAGACAACUUCGCCGUGUGGAAGGUGUGCGGGCUGCACCAGGUGAAGGCGCACCGCGAGGUGUGGGAGAAGGGCCAGAAGAAGGCCGGCAAGGCGAAGCGCUUCUUCGACGAGAUCCUGGCGGGCGCCGACCCCGAGGCGGCCAAGGCCGCCUCCGCAGCCAAGGCCGCCGCGGCUGCCGAGCGGGCCGCCCAGCAGGAGGCGGCGGCGGCGCUGGCGGACCCGACGGUCCAGAGGCUCCUCCCGGUCGCCACUGUGGUGGAGGGCGCGGGCGCCGGGCCGCCGCGCACCGGCGAGGACCCCGAGGGCGACCUGGGCGAGCCGGAUGCCGACCUCGACGGCUGCUUCUCGGGCGCCGCGCGCUCGAAGAAGAGGCGCCGCGCCGCGCCGCCGCAGGAGCCAGCCCGCGCGGCUGCGGCGCCGCGCCGGGAGGAGGCGGCAGACCCAUCGCUGGGCGAGGCCCUGAGGCUCAUCGCGGCCGGGAGCAGCAAGCGCGGGAAGAGGAGGAAGAAGGCGUCUGCGAAGGCGUCGGCGUGAGGCGCGCGCCGGCUUCAGGCGCAGCCCGCACGGCGCGCGCCGUCCGCCGCCGUCCGCGGCAGCGCCGCGCGGCCUCGGCUCUCCGCCCUGCUCGCGCGGCCCCUGCCGGAGCCUGCCUCCCGAGGCCGUGUGCCUUUGUCGCCUUGCUGCCCUCCUCCUCCUCCUCCUCCUCCUCCUCCUCC